AGAGAGAGAGAGAGAGAGAGGAGAGAAAUGAGUGAGGGGAGGAGGAAGAAGGGGAAGGCGGUGGUGGUGGGGGGAAGCAUAGCGGGGUUGUCAUGUUCCCACGCUCUGAUAGCAGCAGGGUGGGAGGUGGUGGUGGUUGAGAAAUCAAGCUCUCCCCCAACUGGUAGCCCUACCGGUGCCGGACUCGGCCUCGACCCCAUCGCUCGCAAACUCAUCGCCUCAUGGAUCCAGCAAUCCCAUCUUCUCCAUUCUUCCACCCUCCCUCUCUCCAUUGAUCAGAAUCAAGCCACAGAUGGUGAGAAGAAGAUCAGCUGGACACUUACUAGAGAUGAAAACUUCAAUUUUAGAGCAGCACACUGGGCUGAUCUCCACAGUCUUCUGUACAAUGCUCUACCACCGAAUAUUUUUCUCUGGGGUCACUUGUACCUCUCUUUCUACAUUUCUAAUGACAAGUCUAAUGUUAAAGUCAAGACUAAAAUCCUUCAAACCGGUGAAAUCACUGAAAUAGUUGGUGAUUUGCUCAUUGCAGCAGACGGGUGUCUUUCUUCAAUCAGAAGAAGUUUUAUUCCAGAAUUCAAGUUGAGGUACUCGGGUUACUGUGCAUGGAGAGGAGUACUAGAUUUUUCAGAUAAUAAGCAUUCAGAAGCCAUCAAAGGCAUCAGGGAAGCAUAUCCAGAUCUUGGGAAAUGCUUAUACUUCAACUUAGGUUACAAAACACACAGCGUGUUCUAUGAACUUUUGAACGAAAAGUUCAACUGGAUUUGGUAUAUCAACCAACCAGAGCCAGACCUUAAGGGGAAUUCAGUGACCAUGAAAGUAAGCAGCGACAUGAUCAAGAAAAUGCAUGAAGAAGCAGAGAAGGUUUGGGUUCCAGAAUUGGUUAGAGUCAUGAAAGAAACAAAGGAACCUUUCAUAAAUGUCAUAUAUGAUUGUGAUCCUUUAGAACAAAUAUUUUGGGACAAUGUGGUAUUAGUUGGAGAUGCUGCUCAUCCAACAACCCCUCAUGGCUUAAGGAGCACAAACAUGACAAUAUUAGACGCUGCAGUUUUGGGCAAGUGCCUUGAGAAGUGGGGAGCAGAAAAUCUACAUUCUGCACUCGGAGAAUUUCAGUCUAUAAGACUUCCAGUCACUUUGAAGCAAGUACUGCAUUCGCGGAAAAUGGGCCGCAUCAAACAAGGUUUAGUUGUUUCUGAUUGCAACCCUUUUGAUCCGAAGAUGGUGAGUCCUGAGGAAUGCGAAGCGCUUCAGCAGAAAAACAUGCCGUUCUUUGGUGAUGUUCCUUCAAUACUACUUGAGUAGACGAUUUCUUCCAUUUGCUUGUGAAUCCAAUCCUCCACCUUAAUUAUACAUGAAUUGUGUCACAACCAAUAAUCAGCAUGAAUUGUGUGUGUUCUGUAAUUUGUGCUUGUAUAUAUCCAUGUAUGAUGAUUGACUGGAAUUGAAGAAUUUAGGAAUAUUUUUUUUUCUAGAUUAUAACACUGUAAUAGAUUGUCUGAAGUGGGUGACUUUUGUUUUCCUUGACUUCAGAUUAUAUGAAUUCUUUACACAUUCUGAUUUU